GAGGAGCGAACGUGAGCCUAAAGAACUGAAAGUAUAUAGAACCAGAGAGACGAAUAUUCGAACCAUACAUACUAUAUAGUGCAGCUAUACUAAAUAGAGCUUAGAAGUCAGGAGUGUUAAUAAUAUAUUUCUGGGAAACCGAAACAAAAUGGAAAGUUUCUGGCAAGAGUUGAAAUCGCUGUUGAAGACCCUGCUCUGCUUUGUGGUUGCUUUGAUGCUGGUGCCUUUGCUGCUCUUAUCGUUUCUGUGCGCCCACCUUGGCAACGAACUAUCCAACUAUGUGCUAAGCAUCAAGUAUCCCAAGCUCACCAUCUCAAAGUCCAACAAGAUCCGGACUUUAAUCGACACACCAAAAAAUGCGGGCAUCUUUCACUUUCUUCUCCAAGUGGAAGGAAGUUGUGAUUAUGAGAGGAUCAAAAGAGCAUAUGCUCAAUAUCUGACGGAUCUGAGGGAUAAAACCGGAAUGCUAAGGUUUCCCAAACUGCGACAAAAGCUGGUCACUUGCUGGGGACAUUAUGCUUGGGUUAAUGAUAAUAGUGGCUUCAACAUCAACAACCAUGUCUUGCUGAGUACCCACAAGUACCGCGGCCGUCCCGUCACCGAAUCGAAUAUCCAGGACUAUGUCAGCGAACUGGCCACCAAGUACAUACCCUCGGACCUUCCCCAGUGGCAGGUGAUCGUCAUACCCAACUCGGACAGCACUCAGCCGUAUUACAUCCUCAUAAAGCUUCAUCAUCUGAUAAUCGCCGAGGAGGAGGAUCUGCAUGUGAGUGAGAUGCUGCUGCUGCAGGAUCCGCACAAGAAAGGCCUGAUGACCCUCAGUGAUGGCCUGGAGCAGAGGAGCUCGAAUCAGAAACAACUCUCCCACUUCGUCCGGAAACCGGAACACAUUAGUCGACUGAUGAAUCACUUGGUGCAUCUUGUGAUCUGUCGCUGGCAGAAGUUCAUCUAUGAAUUUGAUUCUCUGGAGACACCCGAUGGUGCCUCGUCUGCCGUUCAAGUGAGGAAUCUCAGUCAGUUGGCCUCUUUGGUCCUGAUAAUCCUGGUCAAUGUGUUGCUCGGCUAUUGGAGGAGUCGAUCGGUGCUCCAGAAACUUAAAAGGCGUUCGGUCACCUAUCGAAAUGAAGUGGGACGCUUUCAAACUAUCAGGUUAUUGUUGAACAGGGAACUGGAGCAGAGAAAUCUCAGCUGGAUGGUGGCCAGAAAUGCCAUAUGCAACAGCUUACAGCCCACUAACUUGGCCAAGGUUUGGACUCGCUUCCUCUGGCGCUUAAAUCUCAAUCAUGUUUUGCUCUUACCCUACCACUUUUAUUGCGAGAUCCUGGCCUUUACCGAUGUCCUGAUCAAGGGGCAAACUUCUUACUCUUCGACCUACUGCGCCAGACUUCAUUUAUAUGUUCCCCUCUUGCUCUACGCCCAAUUGGAAUUCUUCAAGAUCUGUUGGGAGCUCUUCAAGGCACCGAGAAAUAUUUACGAAGUUCUCUUUGAACAGCCCACCAAGGAGCUGAAUAUCCUUCACAAAAAGUCCUAUUCGGGCAGGAAGAUAGUGUCCUUUAGCAGAUCCUUAAGUGGCGCUCAACUCAGGCUGCGAAAUAAGGAUAAAUUCAAUAAGGAUCUCAGGGAAUCGGAUUUCAGUUUAACUUGCCUAGCUGGCGCUGUUCAUGAUUACUUGAACACCUUUUCAGGGGAUUUGCAGGUCCCAAGAUACCUUAAUACCACCUGCAGGACUAUAGACAAAGGAUAUUUCACAGACAGAGUAGGGGACAAGUCGAAAAAUAUUGGUGGCGUGGUCUUUUUGCAAUUACCCUUGAGGGAACCCGAUGCAGAUCAUACCAAGGAACUCCACGAUAUUGUAGAGAGAAUCAGGAAUCAACAGAUUAUGAUAUACUUGGCUUCGAUAGGUCAGACCAAGUUCAGCCUUCUGACCUCUUUGUUACCUCACGUUCUCACCAAAAUCUUCAUAAAUUUUUUCUCGUACAACUUCCCCAUCACCAUCACUGAGAUUUACGGAGCCACGGAUGAGUUCCAGUCAGCUUGGGGCCAAAAAGUUCAGGAUGUCCUUCUCUUCCGACCGCCGCAAUCGAAGACUUGUCUUUCCUUGAAUCUGCAUCGCUUUGGGGACAAAUACCGCUUGGCUGUAAUGGCCGAUACUCACCUGGCCCCGGAUCACACGACUAUCACGAGGUCCUUUGAACGUUAUAUGGAAACAAUUACUCUGUGAAAUGAUCUCUGGGUAGAGGGGAAAUCCAUAUUUAUCACGUAAAAAAAUAUAUAUAUAUUAAA